AUGUUCAGACAAUCCAUUCGUCAAGUGGCCAGACAGUCGUCCAACAUUGUCAGAAGAGGCUAUGCCACCGAGACUACUACUGGCUCGGAUGCCUUGAAGUUGUCGUUGGCUUUGCCUCAUCAAACUUUGUAUUCGGAGUCAGAAGUGCAACAGGUGAAUCUUCCAUCCAUCAAUGGAGAUUUGGGUAUUUUGGCUAACCAUAUUCCAAUUGUGGAGCAGUUGAGACCAGGAUUGUUGGAGAUCAUUUCCAAGGGUGGAGAGACAGAACAAUACUUUGUUAGUGGAGGUAUUGCUACUGUGCAACCUGGUAACAAAUUGACCAUCAGUGCUAUUGAGGCAUUCAAGCCCGAUCAAUUCGAUGCUCUGGCUGUCAAGCAAUUGAUUGCCGACGCCCAGAAGAGAGCUGGAUCAUCAGACGAAGUGGUUGUUGCCGAAGCUAACAUUGAGCUUGAAGUGUUGGAGGCAUUGCAGGGUGUAGCAAAGUAG